AUGACAGUUUGUGCUUUUGAGAAUGAACUGGAAGAGUUUCUCCAGGAAACACCAGAGAUGCAUGAUGCCAUGACCACAUACCUUGAGGCUCGAAAUCGCCUCCUGGAAAAACGCAAGAAUCGAGGUUUCUGGCCCACAAAGGGUCGUGGAAAAGGGGCCAAAGGAAAAUACAAAGGAAAGCAGUCCCGCAGCCGCGAACAGCUCAUGGCUCGUAUUGCUCGCUCCAACUGCCGGAAGUGUGGAGCGGUUGGACACUGGAAGGCAGAGUGCCCUUUGAAUGUAUCCGACAAGAACCAGAGCCAAACCCCAGCUGCGGCCAAUGUGGCCUUUGAUGAUUGCGUGAACCAGGACGUAGAAGUAUACUCAGAAGCUGAAGAUGUGACGGAGACUCAGGCGGGGUUUGUUCGUUCAUCUUUUCCACCAGUUUUGCAAGAAACCUGCUUCAUGGCUUUAGAACAUGUCAGCGCAUCCGAUCGCCGGAAACUGCAGAAUCGAAUGGCUCGAUUCAUGAAAGACCGAUGUCAUAAUGGGGAUAAGCCUGGGGAUAACUUGGGGUUUAAGAGUGGUAAUAAUUUGGGUAAGAUCAAGUCGUCCAUGCCUGUUUCCACAUCUGUCUGUCCCAAGUUUGUUCGUCCCGAUCGAGCCCUGCUCUUCAGGAAGAAGCCUCAUGAGUUUUUGAUGCAGCCUCCUAUGAUUGAUGACAAGAUCGAUGGAGCAUCCACAGAAUCCAUCAUGAUGAGCUCGGCCGCACAAUGCCCCACCAGCGCCAUUUUGGACACUGGGGCUAGCCGAUGCAUCAUAGGCGAAAGAACGUUAAAAGAGCUGCAGAGUAAUUUGCCAUCCAAUGUUUGUAGCAAAUUGAAAUCCAGCCCUAGCAAGAUCAAGUUCAGAUUUGGAAAUGAGCAAUCUCUCACCAGUUCAUACCGGAUCCACUUUCCUUUGAAAGCCGUGGACCGCCGAACAGUAUGGCUUGCAGUUGAAGUUGUGUACAUGGGAAGAAGCAUCAUCCAAUUUUUCGAUGUUUUGCAGAUCAGCCAACCACGAGUGAACGAAAAUUCAAUUUUGCCAACAAAGCCAUUUUUGUCCCGAGUGUGCCGCCCAACGCUCCUGAUUGGAAUCCGACCCAAUCUCAUGCCGUCGGUGGUAAGCUUGUUCAAAGCCGUAGCCGAAUCACUGAUUCAGGUGAUGACAAUGCUGCUGCAGAUGCUAAUUCAGCAUCUCGAGAUGGGUUCAUCGACCCACCUGACGGAGGAAGCUCCCAUGGAGACCGCCCAACAGAUUCAGAUCAUGAUGGAAGAACUGCAGUCCCAACGUGCUCUUCUGGAAAAUCUCAAUCGUCAGCGUCCAGUGAAAGCAGGGACGUCCUCCGCUGCCAAUCAAGAGAUGAUCAAACCAGUUUCCAAGGCCAAGACGUCUAUGGGAACCAAGUCUCAUCUGGCUCAGAGUCCGACAAAGACGUUUUCAGAGGAGGAAGAGCUAGAGAUUGUCCAUCAAGUUCAACGACAGGUGGUUUCCAUGAUGCCGAUACCGACAGCAGUGCCUUUCGAAGAAUGGGGCACUCACCUGGUGACCUGGGGAAAGAAGCACAAGGGCAAGAACUUCGAAACCACGAUCCGAGAGGAUCCCCAGUAUUUCGAAUGGUGCCAGAGCCGCUUCCUGUCUUUGACUCCAGAGAUGCAGGACUUCGUCCGCUACGGCCAGAUGCGUCUGAGCCGUCUGGCAGCCCAGCGCGAAGCAGCAGAGAUCGAGGCCUAG